UAUUUUAUUAUUUCCCAAGAAUUGCCGGAAUGACGUCAUGCUACAAAUAAUGAACCAUCAAUUUUUCAUUGAACAUAGCUCCGUUUUCCGGUAAGUAGAUAAGGGGGACAACAUUACAAGAAACUUCAGUUAAGUAUCUACAUUUUAUUUAAUCUUCCAUUAUGGCUAUUGGUGAUCUUAAAACUGAUAAAGGUAUCAAAGAUUUAAAUUCUUAUUUGGCAGAUCACAGUUAUAUCGAAGGGUGGCAACCUACUCAAGCAGAUGUAGUAAUUCUAGAAGCUUUAGGAAAAACUCCAACAUCUUCAAAUCCUCAUGUUUUACGAUGGUAUAAUCACAUCAAAUCAUAUGAUUUAAAGACACUUCCAGGAGAAAAGAAAGUACCUGUCAUAUUAGGUAGCAAUAAUAUAGCAGGAAAGAAUGAAGAAGAUGACGAUAAAGACGUAGACCUCUUUGAAUCUGAUGAAGAAGAAGAUCCUGAAGCUGUAAGACUUAGGGAAGAAAGAUUAAAAGAAUAUGCAGAAAAGAAAUCUAAAAAACCAGUACUCAUUGCUAAGUCCAGUGUUGUAUUAGAUGUUAAACCAUGGGAUGAUGAAACUGACAUGAAGGCUAUAGAAGAAAUUGUGAGAUCUAUUCAAAUGGAUGGUCUAACUUGGGCAGCAUCUAAAUUAGUUGCAGUGGGCUAUGGCAUUCAUAAGUUCAGGAUAAUGUGCAUUAUAGAAGAUGACAAGGUAUCAGUAGAUUCACUGAUAGAACAAAUAGAAAGUUUUGAAGAAUAUGUUCAAUCUGUUGAUAUUGAAUCAUUCAAUAAAUUAUAAAUAAUUGUUUAUAUCUAUUAUCUCCAAUGUAAACUUAAUAAAUAAUAAUCAUUGUUUA